AAAUCACGAUGGAAAGUGAGAAGCUGUCUCGCGCCGUAUAUAAGAUUGAGGAACAUCUUCGGUUGGUAUCCAGUCGCUCAAGACUGAUCUCCUGAGUUGCAGUAUACUUGGCAUCAUGAGAUUAUUGAUUUGCGUCGUCUUACUGACGUUGGCCAUCCUCGGCUCAGCUGAAGACAAGGCCGAAUCAUCACCACAAAAAGUCGAAGAGAAGCCACAAGAAACAGCACCAUCAGAGAAAUCCGAAACUGUUGAAAAGGAGAAAAACCAGGAGAAGAGAGGCAUUAUUGGAUUCGGUUAUGGGGGAUUUGGAGGCCAUGACGGUGGAUUUGGAGGCCAUGACGGUGGAUUUGAAACCGGUGGUUUUGGUCAACAAGAAUUUGGGGGUGGACUAUCAUCAGGAGACCAUCACAAUAUUAAAACUAUCACUAUUACUAAGAAAGUCGCAGUUCCAGUACCCCAGCCAUAUCCCGUAAAAGUUCCAGUUGAGAAACCAGUUCCGUAUACCGUGGAGAAACCAGUACCUUACCCUGUCAAAGUUCCAGUGCAUCGUCCAUAUCCUGUUACAGUUGAAAAGGCUGUGCCAUAUCCGGUAGAGAAGCCAGUACCCUAUCCAGUUAAAGUCCCUUUCGACCGACCGGUUCCCAUACAUGUCCCUGUUGAAAAGAAAGUUCCCUAUCCAGUAGAAGUGAAAGUUCCGGUACCACAGCCGUACCCAGUGCAUGUCGAUAAACCUUAUCCUGUCUACGUCGAAAAGAAAGUCCCAGUCCCCGCACCGUACCCUGUCCAUGUAAAGGUACCGGUCCCUCAACCCUACCCUGUCCAUAUAAAGGUCCCUGUGGAAGUUCCUGUCGACCGUCCUUACCCAGUUGAAGUUAAGGUACCAGUUGACAGACCUUACCCAGUGCCAGUUCCCAAGCCAUACCCCGUUACCGUAGAAAGACACAUACCAUACACUGUCGAAAAGAAAGUCCCUUACCCUGUGAAGGUCCCUGUUGAUCGUCCGUAUCCUGUUCCAGUACCGAAACCGUACCCAGUGACAGUUGAGAAGCAUGUCCCGUAUCCGGUUGAGAAGCCCGUUCCAUACCCAGUUGAGAAAAAGGUCCCUUACCCUGUGAAGGUCCCUGUUGAUCGUCCAUACCCCGUCCCAGUGCCCAAACCCUACCCAGUGACAGUUGAGAAGCAUGUCCCGUAUCCGGUUGAAAAGCCGUAUCCUUACCCAGUGAAAGUCCCUGUGGAGAAACCAGUCCCUUACCCUGUGGAGAAACCGAUACCCUACCCUGUGAAGGUCCCGGUACCAGUACACGUGCACAAUCACGAGGGCCAUGAAGCGUUUGGAUUUCACCACUGAAACUACUACAGGAGUCAAAAUAAGAACUGGUAACUCACUGCGAAUGUGAUGAAGAUUCUGUGCCUGUAUUCGUGUUAUUGAAUUGUUAUUUGAAUGUAUAAAAAAAGACAAUAAAAAUCUGCAUUAUUUUGAUCACCUACUUAA